AUGACAUUUGGCUUCAUACGAAUGUACUAUCCAAAUCUCGCAGAUCGAGUUUCGUUUCGUUUAACUUUUGCGGCCUUGUUCUGUGAUAUAGGCUAUUCUGGUCAUCUUUUGGUUAUUUUGAGUUGGAAUAAUACACCUAGCUUUUUAUGUGGAUACACGGUUUGGGCAAUUGUAUUCUUUGGUCUUUCUUCUUUAUUCUUUAUCGUUUGUAUAGCCUUGAACCUUCAUAUAAUAUUCAUAAACGAAUAUAAAAGUCGAUAUAAUUUUGAAAAAUAUUAUUUUAUAACGGCAUUUUCAUUUGCUCUUAUACUUUCUCUUCUUCCUGUAAUCGCUAAUAUGUAUGAUGCAUCCAUAUUGUAUUGUGCGAUCGUUGUUAUUAUGGUCAUUAGAAAACUCAGAUCUGUGACAAAAAAAGUUGAUGAUGUUUUUGACUCUUUUCCGACUACUCAAUUAUCUGGUUAUCCUGCCUUAAUUAAUAAGACUGUGAUUUUUUCUGUUGUCAGAAGGGUCAUGUGGUAUCCUGUGAUACCAUUAAUAGCUCAAUUUUGUAACUCUUUUGUUGAAACUUACGUUUAUGUUAAUCGCGUAGUAUCUUAUCCUCUAUUUUUACUUUGCUACAUUGGCAUGUCACUUCAAGGAUUACUGAAUGCUUUAGUAUUUUCUCAAGAUAUUGCUGUUACUCGUGCUUAUCAGGCUGUUAAACUACAAUGGUGGAUAUACAAUGUUAACACUUAUGAGUCACACUAUCCUCAUCGGUCUUACAACAAAGCUAUUAUUGAUGAUUUCGGGAAAUGGUUAAGAUAUAUGCUAUUGAUUAAACUUUUCUCGGCUCCAAAAAUUUCUCCUCGAUUAAUGUCACUUGAACUUUUAUCACCAGUCAAUUCAGUUACUGGAAAUAAGCCUCAUACCUCUUCUACUCUGUUUGGAAAAAACGAUUCAAAGCAGGAUAUAACACCAUCUAAUAAUCAAAUUGAUGAUCAAGAUAUUCAUUUAGUUCUACCUGAGCCUGUUCAUUUAAAAAAUUCUUUACAAUAUUCCUCAUUAGAUUUGAUGUCUCAUAGUUUAAAUCCAUCAACUUCAUCAGAUCCUCUAAUAGGUGGUUCUAAAAAUAAUCAAACUAAUCAAACUAAUACAAAUAACAUAAAUAAUGUAAUGGAUUCAACAAAUUGUAAGGUUGGUGAUGAUGAAGUAAUGAUUGAUAUGCCUGUUAAUGAUGGACAAACAAAUAGACUAUCAGAAGAUUAUACGAAAAUAUAUGGUCAAGAUGUCGAGUUAUCUCAAGAAAUUGAAAUA